GCUGACCAGCGCAGCUUCUGCUGCUCCGUCCCCUUCUCCAUUCCCCGGAUUUCCUCUUUCCUCCUCGUGUCGUUGCAUGUGUUUGUGCGCUCUCUCUUGCUCUCUCUCGCUCUCUCAUGUCUUCUGUCCUUGAGUCGAGCUUUUAACAAGGUCUUUUCUUUGCUCCUGCUUCCUGUCACCCCUCCGUCAUGCGGCUGGUUUCCGCAUUGGCGGUCGUGGCCGCCGCCCUCCCCCUCCAGGUCGAAGCCUCACGCCUGACCCCUCCCGUACUCCCUCUGAUCGUGCGAAACCCUUACCUCAGCACCUGGCUCGCUAACGCACGAGACGUGCCUUGGGAGAAAUGGCCCAUGUUUUGGACCGGUCAAGAGAUUGGCUUCUCCAUCCUUGCCAGCGUUCCAGAGAAGAGGACUGCGUACCCUCUGCUGGGGAGACCACAAGACUCGCUCCGGAAGGACAGUGACAACUAUACUGUGUCCUCGCCAAUCUACCAUGGAGCUGUGUAUGAUGCCUCCACUACGAAUCUGUCCUACUCUCUACCGCUGCCCUCACUCUACCCAGAGUCCAGUUACAUUGACAUUACGGUUUCGUUUUUGUCUCCUAUAACUCCCACUUCGACUGUCAGACAAUCCAUUCCCGCGAGCUAUGUCACUGUAUACGUCUCGGGCAAUGUGCCCGUGGACAUCUACAUGGACCUGAAUGGCCAAUGGGUCAGCGGUGACCGAGGAAGCAAGAUCGUUUGGGGCCUUGAUCACACUGCGUUGGAGGGUAUAUCCCGCGGUUUCAAAACGUGGAAGGUCCAGAGAGCAGUGCAGCAGCUGUUCACCGAAUUUCAAGAUCGAGCUGAAUGGGGUACUCUCUACUUCUCCGCGCCCUCAGACGUGCACCAUGAGGCCGGUGUGUCGGCUAAGUUAAGGCAACAGUUUGCCAGGAACGGGAGUUUGAAAGACAGGGUCGAUCACGACUUCCGAUCGAUUAUGGACGAGGAACCCGUCUUCGCAUUCUCCAAGUCUUUUGAUCUAAACACCACCCGAUCCACAGACCAAAGUAUCACGUUUACGAUCGCUCACAUCCAGGACCCCGUUGUCCAGUUUGCCGCGGCGCGCGGGCUUACCUACAUGCGUCCAUUGUGGGAAUCAUAUUUCCCAACUGUCCAAGAAGUGCUUACCUUCCACUACCUUGAUUUCCAUCAUGCCAGCCAACUGGCGGCCAACUAUUCGGCGCGGCUGGCUAUCGACGCAUACCAGUCUGGUGCUGAGGAUUAUGUCGACAUCGUGGCGCUCUCUGCCCGUCAGGUUCUGGGGGCUACAAGCUUUUCGGGCACCCCAGACGAUCCCAUUCUCUUUUUGAAGGAAAUCUCUUCAAACGGCAACUUCCAAACCAUUGACGUUAUCUUCCCCGCCUUCCCGUUCUUUUUGUACACGAAUGCACGAUGGCUUGGAUAUCUGCUGGAACCGCUGAUUGAGCACAUGCUGAGCGGACAAUAUCCAAACAAGUAUGCAAUGCAUGACCUUGGCUUCCAUUUCCCGAAUGCCACCGGCCACCCGUUGGGACAAGACGAGUACAUGCCGGUAGAGGAGUGUGGAAACAUCCUCAUCAUGGGACUUGCAUUGGCUAAUGCCUUGAAGAAUGACGCGGGCUGGACUGCGUCAUCUACAUGGCAGGCGAUGGGCGGUGUUCCCACGCCGAUUCCCUCGUCGGAUAGCCUUGCUCCUUUGUCGGUGGGUAGGGACGAUGGCAUCCUCUACAUUGACGAUGCCUGGGUUGGGCAGCCCGAAAGCCUGAAGAGAGCCCAGAGGUGGGUUCGUAGGAGUUAUCGGCUGUGGAAGCAGUGGACAAGUUACCUGGUUGAGUUUUCCCUGCUGCCUCACAACCAGCUCUCAACCGACGACUUUGCUGGCUGGCUGGCUUUGCAGACAAACCUGGCCCUCAAGGGUAUCAUUGGCAUCAAAGCCAUGGCCGGGCUUGCCGAGCUCACGGAUAACUAUGAAGAUGCGAAGGUAUUCAAUAACAUCUCGAAAGUAUAUAUCGAGAAGUGGGAGGAAUAUGGUAUUUCUCGAGACAAGACCCAUGCCAAGGUCGCCUACAAUUGGUAUGGUUCCUGGACUACCACGUACAACCUGUAUGCGGACAGCCUACUGUGUUUCCAUUUGGGCUCAGGCAACUCAUCGACGAAGACCUCCAUUGCUGGUCGUUAUGAGUACCAGAAACCUCUGAAGGAUGCUAUUUCUGGGGACCAUGACGGAUUUGUGCCAAAACACAUAUACCAGAUGCAGAGCGACUGGUAUUACGCUGUCCGGCAGAAGUACGGGUUGCCUCUCGACUCGCGACACCUAUACACCAAGACAGAUUGGGAAUUCUUUGCAAUGGCCGUUGCCGCGCCGAAAGUCCGAGCCAAUAUCUUGCAAUCUGUUGCCAAGUGGGUGAAUGAGACAGAGACAGAUCGACCAUUUACCGACUUACAUAUGACGGAAGGAAGAGGAGGGUUUCCCGGACCGAACUUUUUCGCACGACCUGUCGUUGGAGGCCAUUUUGCAUUUUUGACGUUGGGACAAGCGUGUAAGGGGAGGGCUAUGGAGGGUCUGAAGUACCUGAAUGACGAUGUGACGAAAAAAAUGGAUGUGCAGGGCAUACUGGACGCGGAAAGAGCUGAGGCUGGAUGGCACUCACUCGAGCUCUAAAUUGGUAGCAGCAAGGUCUUAUACUUCAGGGGAAUGAACCCGAAUACUUCGUAUAUGUCCAUAUCGAACGACAAGGAGACAAUUCUGUUCCUGA